CCCCCAGGGCCACAAAACUGUCUCCUUCCCGGGAGGUGAGACCCAGAGGGGAGGCUCCCGGAGGCCGGCCGAGAACCGAGCAUGGGCCGCCUGCCGCUGCCGCUGCUGCCGCUGCUCCUGCUGCCGCUUCAGACCUGCGUUCCAGCCUCCUGGGGCCUGCGGUGCAUGCAGUGUGACAGCAUCGGGUGCCACCAGGAAGAGUGCGCCCUUGGCCAGGACCUCUGCCGGACCACAGUCCUGCACGUAUGGGGAAGUGAAGAAGAGUUGGAGGUGGUGGAGAGAGGCUGUGCCCACUCAGAGAAAACCAAUAGGACCAUGAGCUACCGGACCGGCUCACAGAUCAUCAGCCUUACAGAGACCGUGUGUGGAUUCAAUUUGUGCAACCAGCCCAAAUCUGUUCGGUCACGCAACUCCCCCUUUGGCCGUUACCUUGARUGUGUCUCCUGCACCUCAUCCGACAUGAGCUGCGAGAGGGGCCGGGAGCAGAGCCUGCAAUGCCGCUACCCUGGAGAGCAGUGUGUGGAGGUGGUGACCCACCGGAGCCUGGAAGGUGAGCCCCCACCUGCCGGAAACACAAGGGAUGAGCAACACUCCCGGGGCUGUGGGUACCUUCCUGGCUGCCCAGGUCCCACUGGCUUUCACAACAACUACACUUUCCACUUCCUGCAGUGCUGUAACACCAGCAAAUGCAACAGGGGCCCAGUCCUGGAACUUCAAAAUCUGCCACCAAAUGGAAUCCAGUGUUAUAGCUGUGAGGGCAACAGCACCCAUGGAUGUUCCGCCACCGAGACUUCCCUUAUCGACUGCCGUGGCCCCAUGGAUCACUGUCUGGAAGCCAUGGGCACUAAUGGGCUGGAGAGCCAGAGCUACACCAUAAGAGGCUGUGCGACUGCCUCCUGGUGCCAUGGCUCCCACGUGGCGGACACCUUCAGCCUGACCCGUCUCAAUGUCUCGUGCUGUUCUAAAAGUGGCUGUAACCACCCGGUCCAGGAUGGCCAGUACCGCAGAAGUGCUGCCCCCGGCCAGCCUGGCCCUGCGCACCUCAGCCUCACCAUCACUCUGCUUGCAACCAUAAGGCUAUGGGGAGGCGUUCUGCUCUGGACCUGAACCCCAAGCCCCCACCCUGGCUGGACCCGGGGUAGCACUCUACCCUUACCUCAGCUCCCGUCCCGGCAGACUUGGGUGCCAGUGUGCGGUCCUCUCUGGGACUCAGCUUUCCCAGCUCCGAAGACCUAGCUCACUCAGUUUUCCUGAGAACCAGGGAAAGAAGUUGGGGGAAACUAUAGGUCA